AUGAUUACUUUUAAUGAUUCCCCAAUAAUUAUUAAAAAAUUAGAAUUUUUGUCAAAGUAUUCAUCGUUAGUGACAAUAACACCCAACAGUCUUACAACUAAAAAGAUACAAAUAAUCUUUUCUGACACAAUUUCAUUGAUAAACAAUGUAACAUCACUUACUUUUAAGACAAAAGAUCUUCUUCAAUUACUUACUAAAUCUAAAGAAGGAAAUUUAAUAGAUAAAUAUUUUAUAAUCAAAUAUCAUACAUCAGAAAUAGAGAUUGAAAAGAAAAUAAAAAUCUUUGAUGAAAUAAUUCAAAUCCCGUGUAGUGAACCGGAUUUAAGUAUUAAAGUUAAAGAAAUAAAAGUACUAUGUGAAGAUGAUUGUAUUGUACAGUGUAGUAAAGAUGGAUUAUUUAAAAUUUCAAGUAAUAAUUUAAUUGAAACAUGCACAAUUUACAACAAUUGUACGGUCAUAUCCCAUAAAAUUGACCAUCUUAGUUUUAAAAUUAAAAGUAAGGAAUUAAAAAUUUUAGAAAGUUUUAAAAGUGAUAAAAUUUUUUGUUUUUUUCGAGAUUAUAUUCUAGUUUAUAUUUUAGAAGAUAGAAUUACUAAUAUUGUUAUGGUAAGCGUAUUACAGAAUUAA